AGGGCCCUGGGAACGAGGUUGGGUUAUUACAAAAACCUCAAAAUGGCGUCUGGACAAGGAAGCAAAAAGAAAGGACUAAGCUCUUUGAUGUCUAAUGACCCAGACAAGCCGGUCAAGGUGGACAAAUGGGAUGGAAACGCCGUGAAGAACGCUCUAGAUGAUCAAGCAAAAAAGGUGUUGACGGAAGGUUAUGGCUACCAGGAAGAUCACAGUGUAACAGAUACUAGACUUGCUAUUUGUACCGUCUCUGUUUUGUUUGCCUUAGGUGCCUUAGCAUAUGAUUAUCUGUACCCAUUCCCAACCUCCAGACCUGUUCUUAUCCUUUGUGUUGUUGCAUAUUUUGUACUGAUGGGUAUUCUAACCCUUUUUACAACACUAAAAGAGAAAAACUAUAUCUUGUUUGCUGUAGAGAAAGACGAUGCUGGUGUUGGGCCAGACCAUGUUUGGACAUUGAGAUCAGGCCUCAAGCGCUAUGAUCACAUGUACACCUUGACAAUGUCUUUUAAAGAUGGAAACAGUAAAAAGGAAAGGGAACAGUCAAUGAUCAAGUCUGUUGCAUGUUGGUUUGACACAGAAGGGACCUUGAUCCCAGAACAUUUUGAUAAAGACGUCAAGGAACUUCGUAAGAGUCUUGGUGAAAAGAAAGAAAACUAAAAUAUAGUCUCAUCCAUGAACAAAACCUUUAGAAAUUUACUUAAAUAUCUUAGAAACAAAGUUCCCUUCAAACUUCUUUUGUCCACAUUAUAUGUUGAAGUUAGAGUCUUAGGCUGCAUUUACACAGUACGAGACAAAUUUUGAACUGGUCAAAAUGUUGUACGUUUAGGGGUUCCAUUCACACGGGACUAAGCUAUUUGAACAAAAAUUUGUUCCCUGUAAACAGAAUGUAUUUAAUUUUUAUACAUUUAAAUAGACAGUUCCGUGUUAACGUUAAGCACAGGUCAAAUUUUUGAUCGGUUAAAAUUUAGUCCUGUACCGUGUAAAUGCAGCUUAAGUGACCAGAAAGAAAACUAAAUCUAGUCCAGUUCUUGAACAAGACCAUUAGAAAUUCACUUAUUGAAGAAGAAAAAGUCUCAUUGAAACUUGAUUUGUCAACAUUUAUUUUGUUGGAACAUACUAUAUUUAAAUUGAACCUGUGUGUGAUUGGAUGAUCAAGAUUGCCAAAAAAACAAUGGUAAACCAUUUCAUUGGCGAGUCUUGAGUUGGAGUAUAGGUUAAUGAAUUUCUGUCAGUAACUUACUGAGAGUUUACAUUUCUGUAGCUGAUACUCUGCUCUAUACCAGCAUUGUUUGCCAGGCUUAAAAUAAUGGGCAGACAUUGUACAAUGCCCAGAAUUGGAACUAGUCCAGUCUUUGCUUUGCCAGUCAUUUUGACUAAUGUUGAACCAGAAAUCAGGUGUGAUCAAGCUACAAUUAAUUUGGCCAGCCAUUAUGACAAGCAACUUACUGGCCAUUAUUUUAAGCCCUGUGAUUGGUGGAGCAAUUAUUUGAUUGAUGCUGUCAAUGCUUUAUCAUGGCUGUGUUUUAUGCUGUCAUGAUAUCUCACUGAAAUGGUAUGGCAAUCCUCUCAAUAUUAUUGUAUGUGUGCAUUUAUCACAAGUAUUGGUGUUUUUUCACAAAAGAAAGUUUCAGAAAUGAUAUUUUUCUUGUAAUUGUCAAAUUCACAAGCGUUUUAACUCAUGAUAGUCCCCUUCACAGUUCCCUACGCCAUAUCAAAAGGUAGCCGUGUGAAUAAUUGUCCAAGGUGUUAAAAAAGGUCUCUAUCAUUGCAAGCUUGCCAUUUGUCUCACUUCCAUGUAAAGGCAUGGCUACCUUUCAAGAUGGCGCAGGGAACUGUAAAGGGGACUAUUUUGAAAACAAAUGUCAAACCCUGGAAUGUUUCCCAUUGUUAGAGCAUAUUAUUAUCUGACCCGGACUGGAGGAAUAUCUUAAAAUAUCUUGUUGACAGUCAAAACAUUCAUCAACUGUGUUAUAAAUAAAUAACUACCAGUUUCUUGAUUAGAUGCUAUAUAUAUUUUUACUUCUGCACAUAUUUGAAAUACAUAUAGCUUUUUUGAUACUGUUCUGUAAGUUGACCACUUGAACAUUUCGAUGAACAGCUUAAAGAAUUUUUUAUUAUUUUGCACAUUGGCAAAAAUCUUGGCCUAAAAAACAUAAAGGCAGAAACCAAUAAAGUGCAAAUAAUAUACCCGUGAAAUAGAUAGCUAGCUAACUAAUUACUAAACUUUGGUUGCCUAAGUCUAAUUAGUUAAAAUAGGCGAGCCAUGAUGGGUAAACUAGUGCACGUGCUACUGAAGGGCGUGCAUUUUUAAUUAUUUUUAAACACACUUACAAAAACUGCAACAAUAUUUUGUUGUAAAUGCUUUUCCUUGGUAUAGUUUGACAUGUUUGCAUUUUCGUAUCUAUUCAUUUGCGUAUUGAGUUGUUACUCUAGUAAACGCCUGUGCCCUU